AUGGCUGCUCUGACGGAUUUCGUGGACUUCUCCCAGUUGUCUCUUCAAGUGACUGCGCUGUCCAUUGCUUUCAACCCUAUUUUCUGGAACAUUGUUGCCCGCACUGAGUACCGGAAUCACUUCUUGACUCGUAUAUUCGGUAGCCCCUACUAUGGAUGCUACUUCCUCGCUUUCACCAUCUUCUCUCUGGGCAUUCUGCGUGACCACCUCUACCAAUUGGCCUUGGCUGACCAGCCUUACUACGCCCCUGUGCACCAACCGAUCCUAGGCGCCGUUCUCUUCGGCGUUGGCUCCGUCCUCGUUCUGUCCAGCAUGUAUGCUCUUGGUGUCACGGGCACCUACCUUGGAGACUACUUCGGAAUCUUGAUGGAUGCCCCCGUCACUGGCUUCCCGUUCAAUGUCACCGGCUCUCCCAUGUACUGGGGAAGCACCUUGAACUUCCUGGGAGUGGCUCUUUAUCACGGUAAGGUGGCUGGGAUUGCCUUGACGGCUGAGGUCUUCAUCUUGUACUGGUUCGCUCUCCAGUGGGAGGAUCCUUUCACUGCCGGGAUUUACGCCAAGCGCGAGCGUGAACGUGCAAAGCAGGCCGGCAAGAGCCAGUAA